UGUCAUAGUUUUUAGUCUGGGCCAUGGAAGAAGCAUAUGGCUGCAGCCUUCCCCCUUUUCCUUCGUUCCUGGUUCAGCAUCAGGACUCAAAGAGGCCAAAGAGUGACAAACCGCAAAAGCAGAAUUCGGUCAUGUAGGCUGUCUGCCGAUGGAGGAAGCAAAGCGGAAAAUCCCUACUGUCGAAUCCUCAACAGAAGGAGAAAUACAAACGUGAUAUGGACCAAGAUGGGAGCAAGCAUGGAGCUACGUUCAGUCUUGCUUUUUGUCGUUAUUCUGUAUUAUGAGCAGGCGGCCUUGUAGUGGAGAUAGUCCUGCCCAGAAAGGAGGAGGAACAGGAGAGAGACACGCAGAAGGGUGUCGACAGAGAGGGGCAGUGGCGAGGAAGAAGAGGAGGGGAGGAACGGAGGGGAAGUAAUAGACUAGGAAUAUUAUAAGCCUAUAAUAAUGGCGGCCAAAUCGGACGGGGUCCUGAAGAUGAAGAAGAGUGACGUGGCCUUCACCCCGCUGCAGAACUCGGAGCACUCCGGCUCAGUACAGGGGCUCCACCCCGGCGCACAGCGCGACUCUGCGGGCAUCGGGGACGGGGAUUUCGCCAACGGGGAGUCGCGGUGCUGCGGCGGAGGAGGCUCUAACUCGACGUGCCUUCGCCUGGGCAGGGAGCAGCAGAAAUACACCGUAUGGGACUGCCUGUGGAUCGUAGCGGCGGCGGCCGUGUAUCUGGCCGAUGUGGGCACCGACGUUUGGCUGUCGGUCGACUACUACCUUCACCGCGACUAUUGGUGGUUCGGCUUGACGCUCUUCUUCGUGGUGCUCGGCUCCUUCUCGGUCCAGCUCUUUAGUUUCAGAUGGUUCGUCCACGACUUCAGCACCGAGGACAGCACGGAAUCUGCCGCCGAUUGCUCCCACAUGGAUGGUAAUAAACUACUGAGCGGCUCUGCCUCACACGGCGACGUUACCGCUCAGCACCACCCGGCCACGCCGCAGAGACAGGCGUCGACCGCCAGCAAGAAUACCACAACCAACAGCACUGCGAGCACCGCGAUGGGCAGCAGAAGCAGGAGAAGAUCGGCCUACUACUCCUUCUGCGUCUGGUUCGGCCAGUCCAUCAUUCACAUCCUCCAGCUGGGCCAGAUAUGGAGGUAUUUCCACACCAUCUACCUGGGUGUUAGAAGUCGUCAGAGUGUUGAGACAGAGCGCUGGCGUUACUACUGGAGAAUGGUCUAUGAAUUUGCUGAUGUGAGCAUGCUGCAUCUAUUGGCCACCUUUCUAGAGAGUGCCCCACAACUGGUGCUGCAGCUGUGCAUCAUCAUACAGACACACAAGCUCCAGGCUGUGCAAGGUAUGACAGCAGCAGCCUCCCUUGUCUCUUUGGCCUGGGCACUAGCUUCCUACCAGAAGGCCCUGCGAGAGUCUCGUGAUGACAAGAAGCCCAUCAGCUACCUGGCUGUCACCAUCCAGUUCUGCUGGCACUUCUUCACUAUUGCUGCAAGAGUCAUCACUUUUGCCCUGUUUGCCUCUGUGUUCCAACUCUACUUUGGCAUCUUCAUUGUCCUGCACUGGUGCAUCAUGACCUUCUGGAUUGUCCAUUGUGAGACAGACUUCUGCAUCAGCAAAUGGGAGGAGAUUGUGUUUGAUAUGGUAGUGGGCAUAAUUUACAUCUUUUCUUGGUUUAACGUCAAGGAGGGACGAACAAGGUGUCGGCUUUUCGUCUAUUACCUGGUGAUCCUGGUGGAGAAUGCUGCUCUUAGUGCUUUAUGGUAUCUCUACCGGUCUCCUCACACCACUGACGCCUUUGCAGUACCAGCACUCUGUGUCAUCUUCAGCAGUUUUCUCACCGGCGUGGUGUUCAUGCUCAUGUACUAUGCCUUUUUCCAUCCCAAUGGGCCACGUUUUGGACGCUCGCUCAGUGGCCAGGGUCUUGACCUGGACCCCACUGCUCAGUUCUCUACACUACCAUCUGAAGGUGCCACCAACUCACUGCGGUCCAAUCGUGGUGGCACCACAACCCUGGAGCGUGACAUGGGAAAGUAUUCUGAGCGGGACAGCUGCAUGCCGGUGUUUCAGGUCCGACCCACAGUGCCAUCCACACCAUCAUCUCGUGCGCCACGCCUCGAAGAGACCAUCAUCAAGAUCGAUCUUUGUAGGAACCGCUACCCAGCCUGGGAGCGUCAUGUCCUUGACCGCAGUAUACGCAAGGCAAUCCUGGCCAUAGACUGCUCCUUGACACCUCCACGGCUGCAGUACAAAGACGAUGCUCUGAUGCAGGAGAGGUUGGAAUAUGAAACCACAUUAUAGUUCUACUCUCUCGGAACCCAUACAGAAUUACAGGCAUCAGAGGAUUAUUCUGCUAUCAUGAAAACAGCAACAGGGACUGUGGCAAUAAGAAUUUGUUACUACCAACAAUCUCACUUUACGUCUCUCAUUUCCCUUUUUCUUUUUCUGUUCCUUGGCAUCAGCACCCACUUAGCAGUUAGUGGAGCAGUUAGUGUGCAGUGCAGUUGAUGUCAUUGAAUGUGUCUGGGUUCUUUGUAGGAUUGUUUCUGUUUAUUUUGACUUGUUAUCAUCAGGGAAAUCCUGUCUGGUGUGAACUAAAUUGCAAAACAACAGGGUGCAUCAACACUCCCUCCCUCGGACUUGGACUCCCUGAGAGGGUGAUUUACAGUUCAGUUUUGUUUGGGAAAGUUCAAAAUAAAAUAAGAAUACAUUCACGUUCAUCCAUAUGAGUUUUAAGCCAUCAGAUAUACCACUUUAUCCUAAAUGACACCUGAAUUACACAGAAAUUUCUCUAAUGUGAUGAGAAAAGGAAAUGAUCAUUCAUUUGGAGAUAGUAGAAACUUUAAACUGUCAAAUUUGUCUUAAUGUGUAGGGAAAUGUGUUAACAAUUUGGAAAUUCAGAAACUCAUCGCGUUCUUUUGUGCCAAAAAUGGUUCCUUGGAAACAGCCUCUGGCUUCUGAGGAGUGGAAUACCUUUGAGAUGGCUGGGUAAUCUAAAAGUUUCUUCUCUGGCUUAGACAUGUCAUUCCUCUUGGAUAAUUCUGGCACUGGAAGAAGGUUAGUGAACUACAUGAUGACAGUAGUCACAGUAGCAUCUAUAUUCAGUCAUUGUGGUUUCUUUGGAUAAAAUUAACCAAACCUGGCUGGAAAGAGGGACAGGGAAUGAGACAGAAGGGUUGACAGUUGGACAGACACAAGCUCCGCGACCUUUGUUCCACAGGGAAAUAAGACAAAUUCACACAAUGCCAAGAAAAAAAAAAUCUUCCUGGCAGCUCAACUCAACUAUUUGCAGGCCUCCUAAACCAGGUUGUGAUAUCAUACUGAUCUUUGCGAGUCUGUGAAGGAGAAUGUGGAGGGGAGAUCAGAAGAAAUGAGAAAAGCGCCAAACAGCAGUGAAAAGGAGAAGAUGAUGCAGGAAAUGGAAAUGAGACAAGCAGCCAUCUCAGCCAAACUAAACCAACCACCAGGAUGUACAGUACACUGAUACAACAUGCAGCAUUUUUUCACUUUAGAGAUGAUGUAGAGGGUACUGAAGUCAUUGUAAUUUGGUGUUUUUUGUAGUUACGUGUGUAUUGGUUGGUAUUCGAUGAUGAUGAUGAUGAUGAUGUGUGUGUGUGCCACAUGUGUGUGUGUAUGGUGUUUAAUCAAGAGAAGCAGCUCAGGAGGACAUGUGGUGUGAUGCCUGAAUCAGCUCUGUGCUUUCAUUGAUUAGUGAAGGUACACCUUGACAUUUUGAUUUUAAAGUUCGCUUGUUCUUUUAUAAACUUGCUAACGACAGCUUUUGAUGUUAUUGCACCAAGCCUCACAAUACCAGUUAGCAUAGUGUUAGUAGAGUACACCGGCUUCAAUCAGAAAUGCUCACAAUAUGAUUGACCAGCAUAAAACCUUGAACCACGACCAUCAUACCACAUAUCAUGGUUUCUUAACACAGUUCAUGUAAAAUCACAGACUGGAGGGCUCCUCAGUAGCAGUAUAGUAGAGAAAAUAAAACUUUGAGAAUUCCUGUACAAAAACAGAUACAGAUAUUCAUCAGAAGAGUUUCCAACAAUGGGAAUGAAGUAAGGGAAAACGUCUGGGUAAAAUAGUGGAUGGACAGAUGAGGACAUGGGUGGAGUGUGGUGGAGUUCAGAUAAACUGUUGCUCUGGACAGAUGAUCUACUUUAUUCAAGCAACAUAACUUCUAUCUCAUCCAAAGCACCACAUCAGUUUAAAGUUUGCUUGCAAUUUUUGGACAGUUUUAUUAUUAUUUCUCCCACUUUGACACAUGAUGUUACUGUUCUAAAACAAAAACAAACAUACAUCUUAAAAUCUAAAUGAUGACAGACAGCAACUGGAUCACAAUGAUUCCCAGAUACGAACAAUUCUGGAUCUUGACUGGAAAGAGUCAUAUUCUGGGGUCCAUGAAUCUCUGUACCAGGAGAUUUUAUGAUACGUUGAUAUGAUUAGAGUGUUGGACAGGUGGAAUAGACUGUCUAACAUUGCCACAGACUGAUUCCAGUACCAGCGUCAGUCACAGUAACAUGAUGUACAUAUUCACAUAUGUACAGUAUGUACAUAUGAGUUUCAGAGUACAAAGACACAGCUAGAGCAGACUUUUACCUUAUAUCUACACUACACCCUGUCCCCUAUACUCCCAACUCAAACAGCUGACUUCAGGGAAUCAUCAUAUGUUGUAAAUGAGCUGUUAGUCAAAACCACCAUUUUAGCCCUCUUAUUUAUGAUUAUAGAGUCAAUGAAAUACUAUUUAGAUGUAAUAUUGUUUAUUGAAUUUUUUUAAAUAAUGGCACAAAAGAAAGAAAGUACAAUGUCUUUUUUUCUAAGGGUCACAGAAGAAGAGACUGGCACAAAAUGAGUCAAUGGGAUAAUCAUGGCAUGAGACUGUAAAUCUUUUCAUAAUGCUUUACCUAACCAGCACAGGGGCACCAAGCAGUUCUGACUUCUGCUGGUCGUAUUCUUCUGUGUAUGAAGGCUGAAUUGUGUUGAUCAUGUUAUUAUUUCAGAUAUUAAUAUGUAGCAACUGCACAGUGUGUAUACUAUAUAGACAAAAGUAUUGGGAUGGUGUGGUUUUUCAGGGGUUGGGCUCGGCCCCUUACUUCCAGUGAAGGGAAAUCUUGAUGAUUCAGCACACCAAGACAUUUUGGUCAAUGCUAU